GAGUGUAUGUGUGUGUUUGUUGGACCCUGCAGCUGACCUGUCAGGAGGGGACAUGCCCCUUUAACACACAGCUACCAAACAAAUGAGUUGUCGCUAUGCCACCUGGGAUGGUGCACACUCUUCUCCCCGUCCUGUUUUGGUGCACGGUUUUGUGGAGCUCCACCCAGUCACGUUAUUACCCAGCAUUUCUGCGCAACGAUACACAAUUUGAGCACCUGGCUCUACAUCCUGAUCCGGCGCUCGGUCGCAUCUACGUGGGUGCCCACGACCGCCUGUUCCAGCUCUCUGUAGACCUGCAGCUGGAGCAAGAGGCAGUGACCGGGCCGGUGACAGACAGCCGGGACUGCCUGCCUCCGAUCAGCGAGAGCAGCUGCCCGCAGGCCAAAUCCACCAGCAACCACAACAAGCUGCUGCUCAUUGACCCCUACAACCAGGUGCUGAUUAGCUGCGGCAGCGUCCACCAGGGCACGUGCCAGAAGCGCAGCCUGGACUCGGUGGCUACUGUGCUCUUUGCAGCCCAAAGGCCGGUGGACACACAGUACGUGGCUGCCAACGAGCCCGGCGUUUCAACCGUAGGGCUGGUCGUAAGGGCACGCGAAGAUCGACAACCAGUGCUAUACGUAGGCCGGGGUUACACCAGCAGCCAGCCGCCAAUCUCCACUCGCAACCUAGCAACCGAGCCCAUCUUCUCAUAUGAAGAAACAGCAAAGCUGGCUGUGGCGGGGCGGCUUUCGGAAUACGACCACCACUUUGUGGCGUCGUUCACACGCCGCUCCCAUGUCUACUUCCUGUUCUACCGGCGGGAUCUAAAGUUGCUGGGUCGCGACUACAGAACAUACGUGUCUCGUGUCUGCCUGGACGAUCCGGCGUACUACUCCUACGUGGAAGUUCCUCUAAGCUGUCGGUCUGCCGCCGGGACGAUCUACAACAUGCUGCAGGCUGCUCGACUGGGCUUAUCAAAACCUGGAGAGUUCGGCCAGGCGGAGGAGGAGAUCCUGCUGGGGGUUUUCUCCACACAAUCAACCUCCUUUGGGAAACCUAGCGAAGAGUCUGCCCUGUGCAUGUUCUCCCUGCAGGAACUGGAUAGACGCAUUGAUGGCACGCGAGAUCUUUGUUACACAGAACUGGGCCGGCAGGACGCGUACAUAGAAUACGACGUGAAAUCGAACUGCGCCAGUCUGCCACCGACCACCCUGGAGACCUACCCUUGUGGCUCCGACCACACCCCGAGCCCGAUGGCCAGCCGCUUGGCUGUGGAAGUCGAACCGAUUCUGGACAGUCCUUCUGCUCGUCUUACUGCGGUGGCGAUCAGUGUGAGAGCGGACCACACUAUUGCCUUUCUGGGAGAUUCGAAGGGGAAUUUACAUAAGGUGUUUUUAGGUCCUCAUGGUGAGGUGGAAGAAUAUGCUGUUAUUCCCAUUCAGCCUAACACAGAGAUCAGCAGUGAGCUGAUUCUCGACCAAUCAGAGGAGCACAUCUACAUCAUGACCAGCACUAUGCUACAAAAAAGGCCUGUUGCAGAGUGUGAAAAACAUCUGGAUUGUCAGUCAUGUCUCUCAGCUCACGACCCGUACUGCGGCUGGUGUGUGCUGGAGGGAAGGUGUGGUCAGCGGCAGGAGUGUGCACGUGGGGAGGAGGCUGAUCAUUGGCUGUGGAGUUUUGAUAUGGAGCAGCAGUGUCUGACUGUCCAAACCCUCACACCAUUAAACAUCAGCAGAGAGGAGACCAGGACUGUCACCUUGUCCAUCCCUGGUCUGCCAAAACUUGAGGACGGGAAAUCAUACAUGUGUUUCUUCCAGGAUGUUUCCUCUCCAGCCUCUGUUACUGACAGCGGGGUCACUUGUUCCUCUCCAGAUCCCCAGAGAGUGCCUGCUGUGCCCCCUGGACAAGAUUUCUUAACAGUGUCACUGUCCUUACGGUUCGGUGAUGUCAUCGUGACCUCUCGGGAAUUUACUUUUUAUGACUGCAUGGUGGUCAAACAGCUCUCAGGGAGUAUGCCGUGUCGACGGUGCGUGUCCAGCCGUUGGGGCUGUAACUGGUGUGUACACCAACACACAUGCACCCACAAGACUGUGUGUGAGGAGGGGGUCAUCAUUUAUAAUGAGAAUUUUAAUGUCCCCACUCCUUCUCCUCCUUUAACUACACCUGCCAAGAUUCCACCAGCUACUCCGACUCCAACACACGCACUCCCUCCCACCACACCAAGUACAGAACCUACAACUACAAGCACGGUACCCACCACAACCGCUCUACCCACAACAACCGCUACUACUACAACUCCAACCACUCCAGCUACAACUACAACCACAGUUGCAACUACACCCGAGGAUACAACCACCACCACACUGGCUACCACCACCUCUCCAACUACAUUCCCUACAAUUUUUGAGCCCACCUUUGCAACCACCACCGCCCUUCCACCGACCACAGCAGAACAAACACAGCCUCCCUUCCCUGUAGCCUCUACACUACCCAUUCUGGAUGAGCACUCAUCAGAGGAGAUCCUGCUAGACUCCAAGACGGAAGCAGAAGCGCUUAGUGAAGCAGAGAGCAUCGUGAUCACCAUUCCCACAACUGAGGCUGUGCUGGAAACAGAACCACCACUGGACAACUCCGUAUCGAAUGAUCAUCUAAUACCAGCAACCACCAUACACUCACCGUCCUCUGCUGAAGAGCCGGUGUUUCCAGAGGAAAUCCCACCCUUAGUGACACCAGUAACAAAUGCUCCAGUUCCACCCAGAAGCCCACAGAUUGUAGAAGAUUUACCUCCACUGGCUGAGCCUCCAACUGAAACCCAAAAUAUAACACAUGAGAAGAGUUUAGACGGUGCAGGGGCUGAUGGAGAAGCAGACUGGUGGCCCAACUUGAAUUCUUCUGUACCCACUGAUGUGCCUGUGCUCUCAGAAGAAAAACCACAGGUGCCUCACAUUCCCCAAGCGAAAUUGGACCUGGACGGGGAGGAAAUGGAGACUGCUGAGAAUGACACCACCACUUUUUCAGCAGUGACCGUCCUGUCAGGGGACGGUGAAUUACAACAAGGCUCGCCUGCUUACCCCCGACUCUUAGAUGCAGAUUCUGAACUAGACUUCCAGUAUGACAUGGCAGGCCUACCGGGAGAUGAAGGCUUGUCUGCGUAUUGGGGUUCGUCUGCCUGUCCAUGUGUGGAGAAGGUUCAGGGCUCCUCACUGCUCCCUGUGCAGACAGACAGGAAGAUUAAUUUGCUGGCUCGCAACCUUCACCUCUACCAGGACCAAGACCUGGAGUAUGAAUGCGUUUUGGUGAUUGAGGGGCGGACUGUGAUGGUGGACGCAUAUGUAGAGAUGAACGAGAUUACCCCUUCUGUCUUUGACAUUACCUGUCAGCAUCACAAGUACUUCUACUCAUCCCUGGUGGAGGAGUACGAUGCAACAGUGUACGUCAAGAGGAGAGACACCUUUCAUGUGGACAGUGCUAAUGAUCUUUAUGUGACUUUGUACAACUGUUCAGUGGGACGUUCGGACUGCAGCAGAUGUCACACAGCAGAUCCAAAAUAUAACUGUGUGUGGUGUGCUGGGGGUCAGUCAAGCUGUGUGCACAGAGAUUCCUGCUCGGAAAGCAUCAAAGACACCUGCCCUGCUCCUCUUGUUAAUUCGAUCGAACCUCUGACAGGACUGGUUGAGGGAGGCACAACUCUCACCAUCAGUGGCUCAAACCUAGGCCAGAAAGCUCAGGACAUCCUGCAGUCUGUCACAGUAGCUGGCAUUCCUUGUAUUGUCAUACCAGACCUGUAUGAGAUAUCAUCCAGAAUCGUGUGCACAACAAAAGCGAGUGGAGAAGAGAAGUCUGGUCACGUCUCAGUGGAAGUGUCUGGUGCAGGACUCAAAGGGCUUUCCAGCCAAACAUUCAGUUACCAGGAGCCAGUACUGGAGAGAUUGAGUCCUACAAGAGGGCCAUGUGCAGGAGGAACACUUCUCACCAUCACAGGCAGGAAGUUACUGACUGGCAGAACCAGUGACAUCAGCUUGUUUCUGGAUGAUAUCCCCUGUUUAAUUGAACUUGUGCAGGAGGACAGCAUUGAAUGUAUCACUGAAGCCAGCAACAGGACAGAACAACACACAGUAACUGUUCGCUUUGGCAAUCAUGAGCGCCGUCUUCACAGCACUGGCUUCCAUUACACCCCAGAUCCGAACAUAACCCAGGCCAAGCCCUCAAAAAGCUUCAUUAGUGGUGGUCGCAAGAUCCAUGUGCAAGGUCACAACCUGGAUGUAGUUCAGGAGCCACGAAUCCGGAUAACUGCAUUUCUCCCAGAUUCUGCUCAGCGUCAGAAAAGAGGAAUCAGACGGAGGAGAAACAGAGGAAGUAUUAAUGAUGCAGGAGCUGAAAAAGAGUCACUGAGGAGGCACAGGCGGAUUUCAGGUCCAGAAUGGGAGAGCACAUUUGAGGAGAGGUGUGAGGUGAACAACUCCACCUCACUGCUGUGUUACAGCCCUGCUGUGAGCCCCCUUGUGAUUGGAACAAAGAUGAAGGUGGAGUUUCUUCUAGAUAACGUGUGCAUCGACUUCAACUCAGUCAGCCAGUCACCUUUCACCUACGAGCCUAAUCCCACCCUUCUCUCAAAAAACAAUAGCAACGACCCCAACCAUCUCAUCCGCUACAAACCCGGAUCAGUAAUCUCAGUAGAGGGGAAUGACUUGGAUCUGGCUAUUACUAAAGAGGAGGUGGAAGCUCUUAUUGGCGAAGGGAAAUGUACAGUUAAAACACUGACUCGAAACCACCUGUACUGUGAGCCGCCGUCCCAGCAGCCCUCGCCCUCUCCCAACAAUGGACACAAGAAAGGAAGUGCUGAUGCUUUCCCAGAGUUCAUCGUAAAGAUGGGAAAUCUGAACUUCUCUCUGGGCAGAGUGCAGUAUGACACUCUCAGUCAGUCCACUUUUCCUCUGGAGGCUCAGAUUGGGGUCGGAGCAGUGGCCUCUCUUGUUGUCCUUAUCGUUGUGAUUAUUGUUCUUAUCUACAGGAGGAAGAGUAAGCAGGCUCUGAGGGAUUACAAGAAGGUUCAAAUUCAGUUGGAAAAUCUGGAGACCAGCGUGAGGGACCGAUGCAAGAAAGAGUUUACAGACCUGAUGACUGAAAUGAUGGACAUGUCAAGUGAUCUGGUGGGAUCUGGGAUUCCAUUCCUGGAUUACAAGAAGUAUGCUGAACGCAUUUUUUUUCCUGGUCAUCGGGAGUCACCACUUCGCAGGGACCUGGAUGUGCAGGACUGUCGACGGGCCACGGUGGAGCAGGGCCUUGUGCAACUGUCAAACCUGCUCAACAGCAAACUCUUCCUCACCAAGUUCAUCCACACUCUAGAGAGCCAGCGGACGUUCUCUCCCAGAGACAGAGCGUACGUGGCCUCUUUGCUCACUGUGGCCCUUCAUGGAAAGUUAGAGUACUUCACUGACAUCUUGAAAACUUUACUGAAUGACCUGGUGGAGCAGUAUGUUGCCAAGAACCCCAAACUCAUGCUCCGAAGAACCGAGACAGUUGUGGAGAAGCUCUUGAGUAACUGGAUGUCUAUUUGCCUUUAUACUUUCCUGAGGGACUCUGCCGGCGAGUGCCUGUACAUGCUUUUUAGAGCCAUAAAACACCAGGUGGAUAAAGGACCUGUGGAUGCAGUAACUGGCAAGGCCAAAUACACCCUCAAUGACAACAGGUUGCUCAGAGAGGACUUGGAAUACCGCACACUGACUUUGAAUGUGCUGAUGAAUGUGCAGGGGGUAGAAUCAACUGAGACUCAGCCAGUAGCCGCGAAAGUGUUGGAUUGUGACACUAUAACCCAGGUCAAAGAGAAGAUUCUUGAUCAGGUUUACAAAGGAACCUCUUAUUCCCACAGACCACACACAGACUCGCUGGAUUUGGAAUGGCGUUCAGGUGUCGCUGGUCACCUCAUUCUAUCAGAUGAAGAUCUGACAUCUGUAGUGCAGGGCAAUUGGAAGCGGCUCAACACCAUUCAGCAUUACAAGGUUCCCGAUGGAGCUACAGUUGCCUUGGUGCCACGGCAUAGCAAACACAUCCAUCACGACAACCAUGAUUAUGUGGCAGGAGAAAAGACUCCCAUGCUGGAUGACGCAGAUGAGGGUGGAGUCAGACUGUGGCACCUGGUGAAGGGCAGCGAAGAGCCUGAGCUACCCAAACACAGACGAGGGAGUCUGAGAGAUAGAGAGCGAGCCAAGGCCAUACCGGAGAUCUACCUCACACGGCUGCUGUCUAUGAAGGGCACUCUGCAGAAGUUUGUCGAUGAUUUGUUCACGGUAAUUCUGAGCACGAGUCGACCAGUCCCUCUUGCUGUGAAAUACUUCUUUGACCUGUUGGAUGAUCAGGCGGCUCAUCAUGGUAUCUCAGACCCAGAGACCAUCCACAUCUGGAAAACAAACAGUCUGCCCCUGCGCUUCUGGAUCAACAUUGUAAAGAAUCCCCAGUUCAUCUUCGAUGUGCAGGCAUCAGACCACGUAGAUGCAGUCCUGUCAGUCAUCGCACAGACCUUCAUGGAUUCCUGCACCAUUGCUGAGCACAAACUUGGCAGGGACUCGCCAAUCAACAAGCUGCUGUAUGCCAGAGACAUUCCCCGCUACAAGCAGAUGGUGGAGAGGUACUAUGCUGACAUCAGACAAACCAUCUCAGCGAGUGAUCAGGAGAUGAACUCUGCCUUAGCUGAACUUUCCAGGAAUUACUCAGGAGAGCUGAAUUACUUGGUGGCCCUACACGAGCUGUACAAAUACAUCAACAAGUAUUACGAUCAGAUCAUCACUGCCUUAGAGGAGGACACCACGGCUCAAAAGAUGCAGCUUGGAUAUCGUCUUCAACAGAUUGCUGCUGCAGUAGAAAACAAAGUGACGGACUUGUGAAUGACUCUGGCGAGACCAGUGUGGUGAUUACUGGUGGAAAAUAAGAGGGUGAAACUUGGAGCGCACUGAAGAAUGGACCCACUGUAUGUUGUGUAGAGACAGCAGAAGAAAGAGAGACCUGGAAAGAGGGAAAGAGUAUGUCGAUGUCUAGUGAGGUGCUUGGGGGUGGAUUUAAAUGACUGCUCACUGCCACUUUACAUAGGACGAGGUGACUGAAGAAUGCACGUUGGGAAAAUAUUAGACUUGAGCUGUGUAUGAGAGUUUAAAUGCUCACAGAGACGUGGUAGUGUGUUCAGGCUGUAAUACAGAGGACCUGUCUUUUAGGGUGGGAAAAGCUGCCACAACUUGCAUUUGGAUGGGAUUGAAGUUGCAGGAGGAACAGGUUCAGUACGUCUGAACAAAUAGUCUCAGCCAACCUCUCUGAGAGGAUUACUGCAAUUCUGUCCACACCAGGAGCAAUUUUGGUCUUCCAGUUCCACUCAUCUGCUUGGCCUUAUUCCCCUACUGAUUGGAUAAACCGGUAUUCACUGAGAAUCUCAUGGGGGUCUUUCUCUACCUCUUUAUGUUUCUCUUUCAUUUUUCUCUUGAGUCUUUCUUCCUGUUUACCAGAGUGUAGAUCCUACCCAUCCAUUUAGUAGUAUCCAUGUGUUUGUACUAAAACAUGAAGUGUUGGGCAUUAGCUGAGAUCAUUUCAAGAUUCUUCUGCGCAUCAUCAGUGGCAGAGACUCAAAAAAGAGAAAAUUCUUGGUGUUAAACAUCAACAUGGAUUCUUGUUUUAGAUUAUUUAUUCAAUAUUUGCACAUUUAACGUGCAUCACGCGUCACUGCUGGCCUUUUAAUCCACAACACGGUCACAUCCGUCCAAGGAACUCUGAUAUUAAAGAAACAUGCUGACACGACCACACACUGAGAGGCCUGCCGAAGAGAAGAGAACUGUCAGCGAUCUCUUGUCUAUUGUAGCACUAAAAUUUGUACAUUUUAUCUGUCAUAUUGAGGUUCUAUCUGCCUUUAGAACUAAAGAGAUAUCUGGUCAUUUACUGUCACAUUUCAUUUAUUUUUCUUCAUUUAUUGUUGCUGUUUUUAUUUUGAACUUUUAUUAAGUUAGAGUCACUGGAAGGAUGUGAUGUAGGACAACUGAAAUCUGUACGAUUGAAUAUUUUGCGAAUCUUCUAUGUUUGUACAGGUUAUCAGUUACACUCCAACAUUCCUUUAAUACUGUGUAUGAGAAACUGAUCUUAAAGGUUGGACUUUUAAAAGUAUUGCUUGUGUGUGCGUGUGUGUGUUGCUUCACAUUGUGUGGCUGGUAUAUUUUGUGCAUCAUUUUUAUAUAAACACUUAGUGAAAAGUGUUGAGUUUUCCGAGACGGGCCUUUGACAGGCUUCAGGAUAUAAUUUUAAAACUGAUCAGCAGUUUUUUUUCUUUUAACAAAGAUGGUUUCCAUCUUUAAGAAGAUAUAAAUGUAGAAAGGGAGAUAAAAUAAGUUCAACUCAAAUGAACUUUAAAAGGCUAACGUGUAUAAGGUGUUUCUAGUGAUACUAGCAAUGCCGAUGAUUCUAUGGUACGUUAAAUGUAAGUGGACCACAUUUAACUAGUGAUGUAAAUGUAUGUAACUGUAGGAGAAGAUAUGUGCAGAAAUCAGCAGAAGAAGGAAGUUUCAUUUUAGCUUCUAUAAAUUAUGUGUAGACUAGAGCAGGCUCUUAAAAUUGUUUUAAUAAGUUGUUAAUAUCGUAAAUAAUGAGUGUCUCCCAUUGUAGCUUCUUACCAACAGUAUGUGAAAAUUUUUACAAAUUAUAUUGAGAGUUAAUAAAAGAUUCUAAAUCGAA